CUGUUCAAGGAGGCCAUGAUGGAGGAGCACCAGCCUCUUAUAUCACAGGAGAAUUCCAGUAAAAAUAUUAAGGGCAGUACUGCAUUAUCACUAAAUUAUAAAGAAGAAGAUGAAGAUGUCCUGCAGUGCUCUUCAGGAGAAAACCUAAUUACCAUUAAUGUACACCCAGGACUAAACAGAACAGAUCUAUUCUAUAAUCCCCCUCAUCAUGAGGAACCUUCCCCUGACCAAUUACAGAUUGUUACCACAAAUACAGGUCAGAAAGAGGAUAAAAGGUUUCAGGGUGGUAAAGAGUGUACAGAACAAUCAAGACUUUCUACACACAGAAGAAUUCACACAGCAGAGCAGGAAUGUGGGAAAUGCUUUACAAGUAAAUUAGAUCUUAUUAUACAUGAGAGACGUCAAACAGGAGAGAAACCAUAUUCAUGUUUAGAAUGUGGGAAAUGCUUUACAAGUAAAUCAAAUCUUCUUAUACAUAGGAGAAGUCACACAGGAGAGAAACCAUAUUCAUGUUCAGAAUGUGGGAAAUGUUUUAUGACAAAAUCGUAUCUUGUUAAACAUAAUAAAAUUCACACAGGAGACAAGCCAUAUUUUUGUUCAGAAUGUGGGAAAUAUUUUGCACGUCAAUCAAAUCUUCUUCAACAUAAGAGAAUUCAUACAGGAGAGAAACCAUAUUCAUGUUCAGAAUGUGGGAAAUGUUUUACAAGUAAAUCAUAUCUUGUUCAACAUAAUAGAAUUCACACAGGAGAGAAGCCAUAUUUAUGUUCAGAAUGUGGGAAAUGUUUUAUAGGUAAAUCAGAUCUUCUUCAACAUAAGAGAAUUCAUACAGGAGAGAAGCCGUAUUCAUGUUCAGAAUGUGGGAAAUGUUAUACAAGUAAAUCAUAUCUUGUUAAACAUAAUAGAAUUCACACAGAGAAAGCAUAUUCAUGUUCUGAAUGUGGGAAAUGUUUUACAUAUAAAUCAAGUCUUGCUGAACAUGUAAAAAUUCAUACCGGAGAGAAGCCAUAUUCAUGUUCAGAAUGUGAGAAAUCUUUUACAGUUAAAUCAAAACUUGUUACACAUAAGAGAAUUCACACAGGAGAGAAACCAUAUUCAUGUUCAGAAUGUGGGAAAUGUUUUACAGAUAAAUCAAAACUUGUUACACAUAAGAGAAUUCACACAGGAGAGAGGCCAUAUUCAUGUUCAGAAUGUGAGAAAUGUUUUACAGAUAAAUCAAAACUUGUUACACAUAAGAGAAUUCACACAGGAGAGAAACUAUAUUCAUGUUCAGAAUGUGGGAAAUGUUUUAUAUAUAAAUCAGAUCUUGUUAACCAUAAGAGAAUUCACACAGGAGAGAAGCCAUAUUCAUGUUCAGAAUGUGAGAAAUGUUUUAUAGAUAAAUCAAAACUUGUUACACAUAAGAGAAUUCACACAGGAGAGAAACCAUAUUCAUGUUCAGAAUGUGGGAAAUGUUUUACAUAUAAAUCAGAUCUUGUUAACCAUAAGAGAAUUCACACAGGAGAGAGGCCAUAUUCAUGUUCAGAAUGUGAGAAAUGUUUUAUAAAAAAAUCUGAUCUUGUUAAACAUAAUAGAAUUCACACAGGAGAGAAGCCAUAUUUAUGUUCAGAAUGUGGGAAAUGUUUUAUAGUUAAAUCAAAUCUUCUUCAACAUAAGAGAAUUCAUACAGGAGAGAAGCCAUAUUCAUGUUCAGAAUGUCGGAAAUGUUUUAUGACAAAAUCAGAACUUGUUAAACAUAAUAGAAUUCACACAGGAGAGAAGCCAUAUUUAUGUUCAGAAUGUGGUAAAGCGUUCAAAGGUAAAUCAGAUCUUGUUAUACAUGAGAGACGUCACACAGGAGAGAAACCAUAUUUAUGUUCAGAAUGUGGGAAAUGUUUUACACAUAAAUCAAAUCUUCUUAUACAUAGGAGAAGUCACACAGGAGAGAAACCAUAUUCAUGUUCAGAAUGUGGGAAAUGUUUUUUGACAAAAUCGUAUCUUGUUAAACAUAAUAGAAUUCACACAGGAGAGAAGCCAUAUUUAUGUUCAGAAUGUGGGAAAUGUUUUGCAGAUCAAUCAAAUCUUCUUCAACAUAAGAAAAUUCAUACAGGAGAGAAGCCAUAUUCAUGUUCAGAAUGUGGGAAAUGUUGUACGACAAAAUCAGAUCUUGUUAAACAUAAUAGAAUUCACACAGGAGAGAAGCCAUAUUUAUGUUUAGAAUGUGGGAAAUGUUUUAUAGGUAAAUCAGAUCUUCUUCAACAUAAGAAAAUUCAUACAGGAGAGAAGCCAUAUUCAUGUUCAGAAUGUGGGAAACGUUAUACAAAUAAAUCAUAUCUUGUUAAACAUAAUAGAAUUCACACAGGAGAGAAGCCAUAUUCAUGUUCUGAAUGUGGGAAAUGUUUUUCAAAUAAAUCUAGUCUUGCUGAACAUGCAAGAAUUCAUACUGGAGAGAAGCCAUAUUCAUGUUCUGAAUGUGGAAAAUGUUUUACAAAUAAAUCAAGUCUUGCUGGACAUUCAAGAAUUCAUACUGGAGAGAAGCCAUAUUCAUGUUCAGAAUGUGAGAAAUGUUUUAGAGUUAAAGCAAAACUUGUUACACAUAAGAGAAUUCACACAGGAGAGAAACCAUAUUCUUGUUCAGAAUGUGGGAAAUGUUUUACAAUUAAAUCAAUUCUUGUUAAACAUGAGAAAAUUCACACAGGAGAAAGGCCAUAUUCAUGUUCAGAAUGUGGGAAAUGUUUUACAAAUAAAUCAAUUCUUGUUAAACAUGAGAAAAUUCACAUAGGAGAGAAACCAUAUUCAUGUUCAGAAUGUGGGAAAUGUUUUACACAUAAAUCAUAUCUUGUUAAACAUGAGAAAAUUCACACAGGAGAGAAACCAUAUUCAUGUUCAGAAUGUGGGAAAUGUUUUAUAGAUAAAUCAAAACUUGUUACGCAUAAGAGAAUUCACACAGGAGAGAAACCAUAUUCAUGUUCAGAAUGUGGGAAAUGUUUUAGAGAUAAAUCAGAUCUUGUUAAACAUGAGAGAAUUCACACAGGAGAGAGGCGAUAUUCAUGUUCAGAAUGUAAGAAAUGUUUUAUAACAAAAUCGGUUCUUGUUAAACAUAAUAGAAUUCACACAGGAGAGAAGCCAUAUUUAUGUUCAGAAUGUGGGAAAUGUUUUAUAGGUAAAUCAAAUCUUCUUCAACAUAAAAGAAUUCACACAGGAGAGAGAGGCCAUAUUCAUGUUCAGAAUGUCGGAAAUGUUUUAUGACAAAAUCAGAACUUGUUAAACAUAAUAAUUCACACAGGAUAGAAGCUCAGAGUGUGAGAAUUUUUUUACUACUAAAGAGAAACUUUAGCAUCAGAGAAUUCACACAGGAGAAAAGCUGUUUGAAAAUUAUAUUUUUGAAUAUGGGAAAUGUUACAAGAUCAAAAAAUAAUUUUAGUUUCAAAGGUUAUUUAUUGAGGUUUUAAGACAAUAGAGCUAAUGAUGUCACAUUGGAAUCAUCAAAGUGUAUAAUAAAAGAAAA